AGGGGUGUAAAGUUUCUGGAGAGGAAGUUUAUGCCGAAGCCGCACGCUGUCCCAGUUAACCUCUGCCUCAACACUGCUGGUUAGUGGAGUACAGAAGCGGCCGGCGACAAACCAAGGAACUCAUUCACGUGUCUCCUUCGCUGCGAUACUUGGCAUCUGAGCCAUCCGUUUAGUUUAUCCGUAAUUUCUUUACAGUAUAUAGCGCGUCGAUUGUCUUGAUAGACACAAAUUGCGAUUUAUACAAAUCUAUGCGGACACUGGAUUAAGUUUAAAAAGCAACAAUGUGUCUAAUAAAGGACGCUAGCUACUUAUCUUAAAAGUUUGAGACGCUGUGGAUCUUUUGCGCUGUGUUUUAUCAACGACUUUUACAUUCAUACAGUAAAUUAAACCCACGAAGACGAUUUUAGAUUGUGCUUUCACGUUUUUAAAAGUCGGUUGUAAUUUAGCUACAAGUUGCACAAUGGAAGUGCACAACGUCUUGCCGGAUUUUAAAGACAUCGAGACCAAGUUGGGUCGCAAAGUUCCCGAGGGUCUCAUUCGUUCAUUCACAGAAGGGGGUCUUCACGAAACAAAAGAUGACAAUAACCUGGCGUCACCAGCUGUUUCUGUUACCAAAGCAAACACAAGUGAUUUAAAGCGUUUGGAAAACAAGAUGAGGUUUUUAAAACAAGAAAUGGCUAACCUCCGCGCGAUCGACAUAAAGCUGAUGCACCAGCUGCUGUCCAUCAACGAGGGAAUCGAGUCCAUAAAGUGGCUCAUGGAGGAGAAGAGCACGCUGGCCAGCCGGGACAGCAGCCUGACGGGCAGCCUGUACAGCCUAUCAGAGAGCCCGGACAACUCGCUGAGGGGCAGCUGCAACAGCCUGCAGGACGGCAGCGACCUGGACGGCAUCUCCAUCGGGAGCUACCUGGACACCCUGGCGGAGGACCUGCCCGGAGACGCCUCCCCCCCUCCCUCCGUCUCUGACACGGAGGACCGCUUUUCGGACGGGCCCGCGAUCGAGGACGAGCUGGAGAAGCCCCCGCCGCUCGGCAAGGGCCUCAGAGCGGAUUCGGACGAGUACUACUGCUUCGGAUAGCGCUAAAAAACCCCGCGAGGGAGGGAGGGAGGGAGGGAGGGAGGGAACGUGCUGGUCGCUUUCAAUGUCGUCAGAUGCUUUUUGUUUUUGUUUUGUUUUUUUGGAGGGUAAUCGUCGUGGUCUUGCUGCUGUUUAAAGCCUGGAAGAGAAGUCACAGUGUUGGCUUUCGUAGGUCACUGGUAGCGUUGUGCCUUGUUUGAUCGGACAAGGUUGCUAGCGAAUGACAGAAUCGCACAGGUUUUUGGGUGCAAGCAAUCUUUCAUUGAUUUAAAAUGAUUGAAUCUUUGACCUUAAAAGUUUUUAUGUAGCCUUCACUUGAGGGAAGAUGACUGAGGAGGGAAUCUGUUCGUCGUUGUUUGAUGCCGUUUACAUAUUAUACACAGAAGUCUGCUCUGGUACCUCAGUGUCUUAACCACUUUGAAAGACUUAAAUUACAUGGUGUCGUUACAAGUUCCUUAAAGAACUUUCAGAACCAAGUCGUUUAGUAAUAAGGGAUUAUGGGAUCAUAUGUGUUUUACCAGUCUUUGUGGUAUUAACGGUUUCCUGCUGCGUACUGAUUUUUGAGGAAGUUUUAAAGUAUUUUUUGGAGGAGAUUGAAUUGGACUACAUUUCCAGGCAAAAACUCUGUAUAACCUGCACCAAAGUGCAUUUUACAAUAUGAAUAUGCCAAAUGCUGCAUCGUCAUCCUUUCAUUACCAUUCAUUUAUCCUUAUACUGCACUUGCUUUGACCCAAUUGCUACUCACAAGUUUGGUUUUGUUGAUGGUGAAAUAUUUGCUUAGGACUAGCAAAAAAAAAAACACUUGAAUAAUUUAUUUUGUUACAUCAAAGUAAACAUAUUGUCUGACCAUUGUACAGUAUGUUAAAACACUUGUGAAUACAUUUUAGCAUAUUGUUAAACCUUUUUGAAACAUUGUUUGGUUGUUUUUUUGCGGCUUUAUUCCUUGAAAAUGGCAUUGAUUUAAACGUAAUUGGAAACAAAAGAAGAGAAUAGAAGUAGUUGACAGGCGAUGACUACUACGUGUACUGUGAUUACUUUUACUUUGGGGAAGUUUCUUGGUCAGACUGAGCGAGAGAUUAAUUUGUUCUUUGGCCACCUCCUUCAAUCACAGCCAAAAAUGCAUUGCUGCUUGGAGAACCAAAGUCCUGUUACUGUUGAGCCAGUAAUAUUGAAUUUUACAUUUCCCAUCUAACAUUUUACCUGUUUUGAGUGUUAACUCUGUCAGAUGUUCUCCUUGUUUGUAAGUUAUUGUUUUGGUUAAUAAUAUUUGAACAGAAAAAAAUAUAGUUCUGUUUAAAACAAUAAAUAAUAUAUUGAACAA